AUGGCAUCCAGCAGUAAAAAAGAAACCUCCAGCUCAACCGGCGUCGAGCAGGACGACCUGACGAUACCGGUCAUUGACUUCUCAUCAUUCCUCCACGGCGACGAAACCGCACGAAAAAACACAGCGACAGCUAUUCUACACGCCUUUCGUACCAGCGGAUUCCUCUAUCUCUCCAACUCUGGUAUCCCACCUUCCACCAUCUCCACCAUCUUCUCGCACUCUGCCCACUUCUUCGCGCGCCCAACAACGCAAAAGGACUCCCUAGGAUGGGAUCGCCCGGAAUCCAAUCGUGGCUACGUUGCAUUUGGUCGCGAAAAAGUGACUCAGUCCUCCGACCCUACCGAAAUCCAGCGUCUGCGCUCGACAAACCCAGACUACAAGGAAACCAUGGAAAUAGGGCGCGAGAAUGUUCCGGGGAUGCCAAACCAGUGGCCAGACAAGUUUGAUACCGAGGGUGUGCAGUUCACCAGCGUUAUGAAGUCCUUCCACAACACUUGUAAGGACCUGCAUGUCCAGCUGAUGCGCGCGAUCGCGCUGGGUAUGGGUUUGAACCAGACGUUUUUUGAUGAGUUCACUGCCGGUGGCGACAAUACGCUGCGUCUGUUGCAUUAUCCGCCUGUUCUCAAGUCUGUAUUUGCCGAUAAUAAAGACGCUGUUAGGGCUGGGCCUCAUUCGGACUAUGGCUCGGUCACGCUUUUGUUCCAGGACGACAUUGGCGGUCUCGAGGUAAAAUCGCCGCGAGGAACGUGGGUACGAGCUGCGCCUAUCAAAAAUACGGUGGUCAUCAAUGCGGGCGAUUUGCUCGCUCGAUGGAGUAAUGAUACUAUCAAAAGUACAAACCACCGGGUGGUGCAGCCACCAUACGAAGGCGAAGGCGAGCUGUAUCCGCGGCGGUAUAGUGUUGCGUAUUUCUGCAAUCCGGAUUUUGAUAAGCUGAUUGAAGCGCUCCCGGGGACGUAUACGACAGAUAGUGAGAAAAAGUACAAGGCGAUCAACAGUGGGGAGUACUUGGCUAUGCGGCUGGCUGCUACGUAUUGA